AUGUUUGGGAGCCAUCCUUACGUGCUGAGUUUGAGCAGUUGGUCAAAACCAAAGGUGCUGUCACACAGAUUUCAGAAUCCCAACUUCAAGAACUUGCACCUCAGCGUGGUCUUCCUAUCGAGUUGCUUCCUGCCGAGAUGGUGCACACACGUAAAGCUGGAUCAGGUGCCUGUCGAUCAAGGGCGGUGGUGUGUGUGUGUGUGUGGCAACUACCAAGAUUCAAAUGGCGAUGAGCGCUAUGCUGGAGGGGCUGAUGGCAAUCAAAUCAGGGCUCAAGUCCGAAUAGCUGCGUUGAAGGGCUGGACGGUGAAUGGCACCGACAUAAGGGUGGCAUUUCUCAAUGCGCCGAAGCGGGAUGAAACCCGAAUCACUGCAAUGGAAGCCCCUACGGUCUUCAAGAAGCUUGGAUUGGCUGGGCAGGUGUUCUCGGACAUCGGCUUCGGCACCGGCUCAAGUGAACGAAGCAUGCAGGGCAUGGCCAUUUUCUUUGGUGGCCUCGUCAUCAGUUGGCAGACGACGGUCCAGCCAUUUGUCACCCAUUCUACUGCCGAGAGCGAGCUGGUUGGCUGCGAUGCUUUGAGCGCAGGAAGCGGAGAACUUUUCCUGUUAUCGGUCAUGCAGGGACCAGCCGCGGCUUCGCCGCAGGUCUCGGCCUGGCAGCAGUAUCUGAGAAGGGUGACAGUGUAUGCUUUUGUGGCUCUGGGAGUUCUCAGCGCUCAAUUGGUGACAGACGACCAGGCAUGCAAGAUCCCUGAGGAUGAGUGGCUUCGGAUGUACCACCUCAUCAUCAAGAAUACCGUGAGGAUAAUCGUCAACGUCUUGGCGGAAGCUGGAAACGAAGCAUCAGUUCGAAUCAAGCGUGGGAAGGGCUCAUCUUCUUCCAAUCCGAGCUCUACGUCCCUGAGUAUUAAGAUACGAUCGGGCACUGGCAUUCAGCACCGAGAUGAAAAUUCCCCGGAAGCGUCAUCACGUGGCAGCUCUGAGCGAGUUGCUGCUGUGCCGCCCAGAAAUAUCGUCUACGACAUCGGGCUCUGCAAGUGCUGCUGGAGUGAACUUGAAUUGGGAAGUCGUGCAGACUUAACGCAAGGCGUUGCCGUGAUAGCAUGGCAACUGAGGCCCAGUUGGGGGGAGUCU